AUGGCCUGCCCAGGAGUCAGGUCAGAGGCUGGCCCAUGCAAUGGAAAGGGACGUUGCUUCGAUGACCAGUUAUCUGCAGACUUUCUGACACAGCAAGGGCUCACGGUCAUCCAGCCACUGGGCAACGGCAGCUGCUGGUGCAACACGCCUUUUCUCGGUGCAGAUUGCAAUGAGGGUGAAUGUCCUGCGGGCACAGAGUUAUCUCGAUUUUCAAACGGAACACUGAGCUGCACCUCAUGCCUGCCUGGCUUUGGAAAGGAGGCUGCUGGCAACCGUCAAUGCCAAGCCUGCGAGCCUGGCAUGUUUUCCAAUGGCUCCGGUUUUUGUCAACCGUGUGAGGCAGGGAUGCGCCAGGCCAGUUAUGGCCAAGCUGCUUGUGAAUUUUGCCAACCAGGUCACGCCCCGAGGGACGAUGCCAAAUUUUGUUUGUCUUGUUCCCGGGGCACUUAUGCGGCCGCCGGGGAUGCUUCUUGCCAACCAUGUGAGCCCGGUAGUUAUCAGCGCGACACUGGACAAACCUUCUGCGAAGUGUGUCCUGCAGGUUUCACAACUGAUGAGGACCGCACCGCUUGCAACCGGUGUCAGGCAGGCACCUUUAGCAAGGACUCGCUUACGGGUUGCCAGACCUGUGGUGGCUUUACCACACCCAACGAGCAGCAAACGAACUGCAUCCCGUCUUGGGCGAAGCUUGCAGGCGCAGUGGUGUUCACAUUCUUUGCGGCAUUCUUCAUGUGGCUGCUGCCGUUCUUGAUAGGGAUCAAGCGUCACAUUGCUGAUGUGUCCUGGCUGCCCACGGACGAAGCGGUGAUUCUCACCACCCAGCAAAAGCAUCAGUUCUCCUCGAAAUACAUCCCCGUGGUGUUUCACGAUACAGGUGUGAGUUGGCUGCAGGAAAGCACUGAAAGCACCACGGAAGAUGGUGAGACUAAGAGUGCUCCGACCAUCUCCAUCAUGUACGUGAAAAGGACAUCUCCAACCCAGCUUCAGAUCUAUACAGAGCCUGGUUGUCCCUUGGCCCAGCGUGCGGAAACCUCCAUCGGCACCUUUCAACCGACGCCUUUGGCAGAAGUGUUUGGAAGCGUUUUCUUGGGUAUACCUGUUGUCCUAUGGAUGGGAGUCUCUAUUGCAGGAAUGAUUGCUAUCGCCUUGCUGAUUCACAUUCCCUGGUGGUACUAUAUCGCAACCUUUGUUUUUGACUUUUUCGUGGUAUUAGCGCUGCGGCUGCUACAGAGAAGGCACGAUGCUGCAACCCCUUUGCAGGCCUUGCUUGCCAGCUACAAGGCAAAAGUGAUGACCAAUCCAACUCCUUGUGAUCCAGGACCUCUUCGAUCAGUCAACGUGGGCAAACUCUGCAAGUUUGAGGAACACUUUCGUUCAAUCCUGCAGAGAAGAAGCAUGUACUACGUUU